AUGCUGAUAUACAAAAGGAAAGAUCAUACGAAAAUAGAAAACUAUAGAGCAAUAAGACUGCUGUCACACCUCUAUAAACUUUUCACUAGGACUAUCAACAAUCGACUGACUAAAAGACUGGAUUCCUACCAACCAAUAGAGCAAGCAGGUUUUCGAAAGGGCUUGAACAGCAACGAUCAUCUACAAACAAUUGAAAAAGUCAUUGAAAAACCAAGGGAAUACAACAUACCCCUACAUCGGUGGGUUAUAGACUACCAGAAAGCCUUUGAUAGCAUUGAAACCGGGUCUUUUCUAACAGCAAUGGAGGAAAAGAAAAUCGAUUCGAGAUACUCUGCCAGAAUAUUCACAAUAGGGCUACAUUCCACGUUGAAAUAG